AUUUGGUGCUAACUGAUGAGUUUACUGGACAUGAGAAGAUCAAUUGACAAGCCAAAAAGGGUUUUCUUCUCAGAAAUUGUUUUUAUGACGUUGGAAAGUGCAACAAAUUUGCAGAAUAGUAAAAGUGCUGCCUCAAAGGCCAUUUUGAAAGAAUUCUGCGGAGCAAUUGAUCACCAACUCGAAUCAAUUUCUCUUGAUAUCAGUGAUGCGAGCCUUUAUCCUCAGGCACCAACAUUUCUACUUGUUGUUCUUUAAUUUCUUGACAUCCAGACUUCAAAUAAUUGACAACAGGCCUAUUCCUGAAGGAAUUAAAGCACAAGACAAGUAUGAAGGUUGCCCGGAGAAACUAUUGAUUGCCUUCACUAAGUAUCUCGCAACAAAGAAGAUUGCACUUGCAAAGAAGAUGAAAUCAAUGAGAGUGCAAUAUGUGCAGAUGCCUUGGCAAAAUGAAGAAAAUGCUGUAGACUGUGCCAUAUACUCGAUGAGGCAUAUGCAGACUUACACAGGCACAUCAAUAGAAGACGGGAAUGCAGGACUCACUGGAGGCCCUGAAGAUAAUACAUUCCUCACAUCACUGAGAGCUAAAUAUGCCGCAACCAUACUCAUGUCAGAAUGGAAUACCCUUCUACCAGAGGUGACAAAUGCAGCCAAAGAAAUCUACAAACAAUCAAAGUGACCGUGUUUGUAAAGAUGUUGAUUCCUGUAAACUGAAAUUGAAACAAGUGUUUGAGAUGUGUUCUUUACUUUGGAAACUACUCUAACUCUGAAAUGAAAAAAAGCUUUUUGUCACAUCUUA